AUUUCACCGACAAAUUUGUUGCCCGUCUACUAAAGGAGAGAGUAGCAGGUCUUUCUAGGCAGCGGCACGGCUCUGCCAGACGCCUUGCUGACCAGGGGCGCCGAGCCUACAUCAGGAAGGACUGCUGAGGUACACAGCGUAACCGUGCCAAGCCGAGCCAACGAGGAGGAGGGUGACCUGGGCUAACAGCGGUAGUACGCCACCACGGACCUACACGGCACACGCUCUGCGCAUUCAGUCAGAGGCGAGCGCGCGAGGAAGACAGUCCGCCAGUGUUGUCUGAGCUGUGAGGGGGACAGGUGGCUGCUGUGACUGCUGGGGAUCGACCGUGCGUGUAUCAGUCACUGCUUGGAAUAUCGACGUGCCACCUGGCGAAUAGCACUGCACCCACCAACACUGAGUUUCUGGAUCGGCCGUGCCCUCGCUACACGUCAGUCCAUCGCCAGCCAGUCUUACCUCGCUGUUACUGUUGCUGCUGCUGCUGACGCCCCGAGCCGCCCGCACCAUGGGAGACGUGAAGCAGGUCACCCUCCUCGAUGUGGCCAAGCAUCCGGAGUAUUCAGAGGAUGAACUCAACAAACUCUUCCAACUGUUCUGCAAAUACGCCGAGCCCAACACCAAAAAGGGAAGCCUCUCACUGGAGGGCUUCAAGAAGAUGCUGGAGGCGCUGGAGCUGACACAGACCCACCUGGAGGCCAAGGAGACCUACGACAAGGCGGUCAAGGAUGGCAAGGUCACGCUGGACGAAUUCAUGAAGCUGGUCAAGGAUCUCUCGGCCAAGACGGGCAAGAUCAACCUCGAUCUGGUGGUGAAGCUGGCGGCCCAGGAGGAGGUGGACGUGGACGACGUGGGUGUGGGCGGCGCCAAGAGGUUCUUCGAGGCCAAGGCACGUAUUCUUGAGGUCGGGGACGCCGCAUACCGCGCCUUCGAGGACAAGAAGAGGGAAGAGGAGGAGAGGAAGAAGAGACAAGAAGAGUUCCAGAAGAAGAAGCAGCAGUUUCAACCCGCGGCUUAGGUGGGGCGGGUGUGUGGGUGUGUCUUGGCGGGGAAGGGAGAGCUCAGUGAUCGUACUCUAAUAUCCUCUUGGUCUUCUUUUAGGCAGAUGAGAUAAAUUUUAUAUAGAAGGAACGGGGAGGUUUACUGUACAGGAAGAGGAACCUGCUAUGAUGUGAUUAGCUCAGAGCAAAGCCUCGUCAUCUUCCCAAAAGCAAUGUUAGGUAAAGGGAACAGGGAGGAUUGCUGUGCUGGAAGAGGGAAGGACUUGCUGUGAGAAAAUUUGGUUAGAUUCAAGUCCUACCAUCAUACCAAGAGCAAUAUUGUAGAUUUAUUCAGAUAUUACACACACACACGCAUACGCACACACACACACACACACACACACACACACACACACACACACACACACACACACACACACACACACACACACACACACACACACACACACACACACACACACACAAACAAACUCACGCAAACAAACUCACGCAAACAAACUCACGCAAACAAACUCACGCAAACAAACUCACGCAAACAAACUCACGCAAUCACGCAAACAAACUCACGCAAACAAACUAACGCAAACAAACUCACACAAACAAACAAAAAAGCAAACGCCACACAUAGACAAUACAAAUAGAAAGUGAGUUAUCUUGCCUUAUAGAAAAGUAGAAAACUUAUAUCACUUACAAAUCAUCGCAGUUUCAUAAUACAAAUCCUAAGACACGCAUACACACGCGCGUGAGGAAUGCUAAUACUAGCUCAUUAGAAAAGUUCAUACAUGCAUUGUAGUACAUACCUCCAUCGUAGAAAAGUCAAUCAUCGGGUAUUAUUGUUGGAUGACUUCAGGGUAGACACCAAAGCUAAAGAAAGCAGAAGAGAACAACAGCACUAAGUUAGCCGACCUUCCUAUUCCGCUCUUGGUCUCCAGCUCCUAUAUUCACUUAGUACCUCCAUAACAGCCAUGCACGUCAGUCAUGCGGAGUGGGUGUUUCUGAGUAACCUCGGUAUACAAGCAUCAAAGCUGAGUAAACCAGAAAGGAACAGCAGUAUUAAGUUAGCCAACCUUCCUCUACCGUUUGUCGUCUCUGGUGGCUCCCUCUGUUUUUCUGUUUUGUCAGUAAUGAAGGAGUUCCGUUUACUGUACGUCGUACUAGUGUUGGUGUGUUGGGUAUUUUCACAGUAGUUCUCUCAAAUUGUCCUUCUGUUUAUUUUAAUAUCAAUGAAGAUUGUACUUUUUAAUCAUUCCACUUAUUCAUUGUACAUGUGCACAUGCAACCAUGCAUUCAUACCACACACAGGAGAUACAUGCAUUAACACAUACAUCUACAUGCAUACAUAGGCGUACACGCAUUGUAGCCAUACCAGCAUGCUUAGUAUGAGUUUUUAACAUUCUUCGUUUUAUUUUCUAUGUAUGACACUUUUUUUAACAUGCCUGCAUACCUACUUAUGUACAUACAUACAUACAUACAUACAUACAUACAUACAUACAUACAUGCAUACAUACAGUGUAGCCGUAGUUGUAAGAUUUGUUUGAUUAACAAUUUCUUAAUUAUAUGCUUAUAUGCACGGCACUCUUUCAGCUACUAACAUACAUACAUACAUACAUACAUACAUACGUUGCAGUCGUAUUGACACAAGUUGUAUUAAUUUUAACAUGUUCUUAGUUCAGUUUUCCCAUGCACGGCACCUUUCCAGCGGUCCAUCAUCACUUGGUUGUGCUCGCCGUUCGGUCACGCCGUGGGCUCAAGAGUCUCACUUUUAGCGUCUUGUCUUUGACCUUAAUAAAAGAUAAUGUGUGUGUGUGUCUCGUGGUGAUAUUUAGAUUUGUAAAAAAUGCUGCAGAAAAUGGAUUAUCGCUGUCUUUUUGAGGAGAAUCAUUAUAUAUUUGUCUAAUAAUAAUACUUAAGAGCCACCGUUGUUGUGCUUUUGUUCGCGAUAAAAUGAUUCUCUCA